AACACUGUGCGUUAAAUGACAGUUGUGAUUGUCGUGGGGGCGUUGAAGGGUUGUCGACUGUCACGCAGAUAGUGUAUUUUCAAAUGAAUAGAUAGGAAAUGUGCAAAAGUGAUCACGAUUGUUAAUUGUUUAAAGUUUAUGUAAAUCUUAUCCAGCAUACUAGUCGCAUAGAGAAGUAGUGAAGAAUUUUUGUGCGUGGAAGGUAGAGGUUAUGUUUCGUAAACAGAUUUACAGCUCGAUUAAUCGAAGCAUAUGAUCCUCGGAUGACACAUGUAUCAAUAGAACAUAUGCGAAUAACAUGAAUAAAGCAGAGGAGGAAUGCGUUGAGAAGACAUUCGUCUACAAGUUUCCAACAUGCACUACGAACCAAGAAUACACGUUGGAAAUUCCGAUAAAAAUACCGUACCAUGGUUCCAUAAAAGAGUUGAUGCAUCGUAUCAUGUCAUCGUUCAAGCUACCGUGUUAUGUGGAAUCAGACUUAUUAGAAGCCUUGCAACGCGAUAUCAAAGAGCUGACACUGCAGUUUCACGAUGAAAAAACAGAGAAACUUAUCGAUUCUGCUAAAGACGGCACGCUAGAUUUAGAAGACAUAAUUAAAAACUGGGAGAAAAUAUACAAACAGAAAACCGUAGAAUAUUCUGAUCCCAUCGGAACCACCGACGAGGAACUUUUCGCCGCAGCAUAUCACAGAUUGGUGCACUCCCCGUCUUUAGAACCAAUUUUGCAGGCGGAACACAAAUUUGGAAGGGACGUCACUGAAGUAAUCCAGAUGAGGGAUACCGAUUAUGAGCAACUUACGCAAAAACAAACCGACGAAAUGCGCGUCGCUGUCGAGGCCCUGGAAGCAGGAUCUACGGAAAAAUCGAUAAACGAUAUGGCAGGUCGUCAUUUCGAGGAACAGAGUUUAUUGCAGGGUUACUGGGGAUCGAGAAUCGAUGCUUUGAGAUUAGAUCAACGGCGGCAGUAUCGAAACUGGAUCAUGAGAUUACUGGAAGAACAACAGACCAGCAUGAUAGGCACGCCAGUAGGUUCGCCUAUGGUACCGCUGCCGCCGAUACGUCCCGCUUUAGACAAAUUCGUUCAUAGCGAAGAGAAACAUACGACAGAUUACCCUCAAUUAGAAGAAAGCUUCACUAUACAUUUGGGAUCUCAGAUGAAACAAAUGCACAACAUACGUAUAUUAACCGGAGACGUGCUCGACUUUUGUCGUACGAAAAAUAGCGAAUCCGGGAUGGAUCCAACGCCGCAAAGAUUGCAAACAGCUUUGGGAUUAUAUUCGAACGAUCUAUGUGGAUUAGUUCUUCUAAGCGAUAAUCACUUGGGCAGUUAUUCCGGAAUAACGAAAGAAUUGUGUUCGAUAUGUCAAUUAACAACGGAAUUCCAUUUUCCACCGAUCGAUGAACAGUUAGAAAAAAUACGGGAUGAUGUGAAGGAUGCCGUUGCCUGGAGACAGGUGCAUCAUAGAGAAGGAAGUGAUCCGCAUGCGAAAAAAUCCACGACAAGCAAGAGCUUGCAAACGGGCGAUGUUUUUAUCACGAGACAUUCAAAUCUGGCGCAGGUCCACGUGGUGUUUCACAUGGUGGUGAAUGAUUCUCUGAGAUCUGGUGACAUCAAUUCGCGCCAUCCCGCUAUUCUGGGACUGAGGAACAUUUUGAAGACGGCGUGUUGCAACGACGUGACGACGCUGACAAUACCCGUGCUACUCGUCCACGAAAUGUCAGAGGACAUGACGGUCGCCUGGUGCACGAAACGGGCCGAGCUAGUCUUCAAGUGCGUGAAAGGCUUCAUGAUCGAAAUGGCGUCUUGGGGUGGAGCCGAACUAAAGAAUCUGCAGUUUCUCGUACCGAAAGGAAUGUCGGAGGAGGUGUUUGGCACGUUGGCCACAAUGCUGCCCAGCAUAUUUCGAGUAUCGAAUCCGCUGGUUUUCAAGGCUACUAGCACCCCGCAAACUCCAAAAAAGUGAACGACCCUCUUGCCCCGUAUUAUCAUUUAGUGCGUAUUCGGAACACUGCAAUAUUUAUUACUAUCGCAUAUUUAUUACUACAUAUGCAGUUGUUAUUAUCCAUCGCGGGCGCGAAGACAGAUACGACUCCGUGCAUAAAUGUCUUUUAACGAGCUUUUUGUUUAUAUUACUUUCACGCGACUGCGAUUUCCCACGGGGGCGGUUCGAUAUUUGCGAUAAUCCGUACAAAUAUAAUUUUUCCGUCAAGUUAUUUUUCUGUUCUAUUUCAAUAAUAAAAUACUCGGCAUCUGAUUUAUUUAUCAUGUUUUAUUUUAUUUUUCUUCAUCUAAAUCAAUUUCCUAGAUAUAUGUCGAAUCAUCAUAUAUAAAAUUACUUAUCUCUCUUCUUGCAAACCAACCUAGAAGUACGAUAUAAAAAUGCAUUUAUAAAAUAGUGUCACCCAGUAAAACAAUUUCAAUAGUAGGAAAUUUGUUGUACGCUACACUAAACCAACAAUGCGCAUUUUUACA